AUGGACUUCAGAGGGAUCACUCUACUUCUACUUGUCAUUUCUGCAGUCCUCCUCAGCACUGAUGGACAUCUUCCUAAGUGCUGUGUGGCUGUUUCAAAGCGCAUCCCAACCAAAAUUAUCAGGAAUGUGCAGAGGUUUGAGAAGCAGAGCAGCUCAGGACUGUGUGACAUCGAUGCCAUUAUAAUAUACGUAAAGAUGCCCAGGACAAAAGGAAAGAAGGACAAAAGAAUCUGCGUUCAUCCAAACGCCAUGAAACUGCUGAAACCAUGGAUGAAAAAGAAACAACUGUUCUCUUCAAAGAUUGCAGCACCAUGAACCCUGUAUGUAGGAAAGGGCAUCUGAGGAUAACUUUGCCGUUUCAUGUUUCUUGGCACGCUUGCUAUCGCACCUCAAUUACUUACAAAUAACUAACCAAUUUGCUGUAACUUAGUUCAUUUUUUUUCUUUCUUUCUUUCAUUUACUCUUUUUUAUUAAUAGUAUUAUCUUGUUAUUUUAUUGCUUGUUUUCUCUGAUUGCUUGUUUAAUGGAUUUAAUGUUUUAUUGUUGAUUCUGUAAGGUGACCUUGAGUGUUCAGAAAGGCGCCCAUAAAUAAAAUGCAUUAUUAUUAUUA